GAUGGUACUCACGUCCGCUGGUAGAUCGGGCUUUGGUUAGGGUUCGUUCGUGGAUUAGAUCGGGUAUCCCUUAGCGCGGCAGGUUUCGUUCCUUGGUUCGUGGACGCCGUUGGCUCGAUCUGGGCUUGGCCCUUCUGCCUCCUGGGUAGGAGUUAGUGAUUGUGCCGGGUAUCCCAGGCUGACGGUUGUUUUGCUGUGAUGAAUCGCAAGGACGGUAUAUGAGCUAGUCGGCUGUUGAAAAAUGGCCUCCUUGCUUGAUUACGCACCCUUAACUGAUCAUAAAUUCUGAGCAAACGACACACGCUCCCAUGCUUCCAAUCAUGGUUGUUUUGGUUUUAGUUUUCCUUGCAUUGAAAUGUGUAACGAAUGCCUUGAUGUUGUCUUGUGUUAGCCUGAUUGUUUGUUUGCGGUGAUGAAUCACAAGGACGGUAUCUGAGCAAGGUGGCUCUUGAAGAAGGCCUCCUUCCUUGAUUAUGAAUCCUGAACUGAUCAUAAAUUCUGAGCAAACACACUUGCCUGCUUCUCAUGGUGGUUUCCUUUUUUCCUUUAAUUGAAACUUAAAAAAAAAUACACAGUAGUUUUUAUUUGUGUUGAUGCGUUGAAAUGAGAUCAGAAACAUAUGCUAUCCUGACAUCUUGAUUGCUUGCUGUGAUGAAUCACAAGGACGGUAUCUGAGCUAGGUGGUACUUGAAGAAGGCCUCUCUCCUUGAUUAUACACCCUACACUGAUCAUAAUAUCUGAGCAAGCAUGUGCAAAUGUUAAUUGACAAUGUCCUCAGUUGGUUUUAUGUUGCAGUCUGUCCUGUUGUCAUGCAUCGUUUGUUUGUUGAAAUGUUAACCAAUGACCUCACUGGUUUCACCAGUAGCAUGUGUAUUCCUAGUUUUCAUAGCUUUUCUGUGCUUUUAUGUUUGCUGUGAUGAAUCACAAGGACGGUAUCUGAGUAGGUUGGCUGUUGAAAAGGCCACCUUCCUUGAUUACUCAUCCUAAACUGAUCAUAUAUUCUGAGCAAGCAUGUGGAAAUGUGAAGCGAAGCAUGAUCCACAAUGACUUUACAUUAUCUUUUGUUCUUCUGAAGUGCAUCCUUUCCUGCUUGAAAUGUAAAUCAACUACUUUUAUAAGUUCAUGGGUUGUUUAACCUUUGUCUGCUUGUUUGCUGUGAUGAAUAACAAGGACGGUAUCUGAGUAAGUGUGGCUCUUGAAAAAGGCCUCCUACAUUGAUUACACAUCCUAAACUGGUCAUAUAUUCUGAGCAAAUGUGUGCACGUCUUAAAUGAACACCCAGCGUGCUGGUGGUCUCUGGCCAUUGGCCCUCUUGUCUUAGAUGUGUUCCUGGUCCUUAUAUUAUAUAGCUUUGUUAUGGAUGGCUGCUUCAUUUAGAAGUUAAAUAGACACUGUUUCUGUAUUUUACUUCUGCAAUGCUUGUUUGCUAUGAUGAAUCUCAAGGACGGUAUCUGACAAAGGUGGCUCAUCAAUGAGUUCUCCUUGGUUGAUUACACAUCCUAAACUGAUCAUAUAUUCUGAGCAAAAGUGUGCAAGUUUUAAAUGGACACCCAGCAUUAUGCUGGUGGUCUCUGGUCAUUGUCCUCUUAUUUUUGAUGUGAACUAUCUCUGUUUAUCCAACCAGUCCUUAUAUUAUGUAAUUUUGUUAAGCAUGGCUGCUUCAUUUCUAGAAGUUAAAUAAACACUGUUUCUGUAAUUUACUAUUUCAAAGCUUUUUUUCUAUGAUGAAUUUCAAAGACGGUAUCUGACAAAGGUGGCUCCUUGAUGAGUCUCCUUGCUUGAUUAGACAUCUUAAACUGAUCAAAUAUUCUUAGCAAAUUGAUUUUAUUGAAUUAUAGAACAAACAUAUAUUUCUUCUUGUUUGCUGUGAUGAGAUCACAAGGACGGUAUCUGAGAAGGUCUCUAAGGAGUGCUACUUCAUUGAUUUUACAUCCUAAACUGAUCAAAUUUUCUGAGCAAACGGGCUUUAAACGAAAGUCAUUCUGUAUGUACACAUGCCAGCUUAAAGAACAGUAUAUUUAUUCCCAGUUUUUGUGUUACUUUGGCUAUUAUGCCAUCAAAGGACGGUAUCUGAAUAAUUGGUGCUUUAUAAAGUCCUCCUUCCUUGAUUAUGAAUCCAAAACUAAUCAAAUUUUUGGAGCAAAAAUGUGUGAACAAUUAUUGGAACUACUAUUGUGCUACCUGAAACAAGAUAUCUCAUUCCAUUAACCAUUUUAGCAUGGUCCUGACCACACAUUCAAGAAUCACAAUUACAGAAGUUAACAAACAAUGCCCUUAAGUUUGUUUUUGGUUUCUGCUUGUUUGCUAUGAGGAGAUCACAAGGACGGUAUCUGAGAAAGGUGACUUUUUAAAAAGAGCCACCGCCCUGAUUAUAAAUCCUAAACUGAUCAAACUUUCUGAGCAAAUGUGCCUAAACAAUCAAUGAGUAUACUCAGUAUCACUGUAUUAAUAUAAAUAACUGGUGACAUUUUCCCUUGAUUUUAGUGUCAUUAGAAAAAUGUGAUACUCUGGACAAGCUCUUGUUCGAAACAGUAGCAUCUACUCUUGAUUUCAGUGUGUUCGCCAUUUCUUCAUGAAGUUUCACUUUUUUUGGCCAUCCUUGAUUCUCAUGAAUUUUUAUAUGUGCUGCACUUGCACUUCUUUUUCCAACUCCAUUUUCUUUUGGUAUUUGAACCAGGAACUGUAAUUUUUUUACUUAAAUGAGUUUGUUGAAAAUAUGGUUAUGUCUUGUGUCUUCAGGCAGAGCAGUGGUUCCUUUCUCAUGUGCUUUAUUAUGUGGUAUUAGGAUGAUCAUUCACCUUUGAAGUAGUGCAUUACCAGAAGCUCUCCUAUAGGAAGAUGGAAUCUGCUGACAUACAGACUCAACUUAUACAUGGUCUUCCAGAUGAGGUUGCUCUUCUCUGCCUAGCAAGGGUUCCUCGGCAGUAUCACAAUGCUCUCAGACGUGUCUCAAGGGGAUGGAAGGCAUUGUUAUGCAGUGAAGAAUGGCACUCUUACCGCAAGAGGAACAACUUGGACGAGUCCUGGAUAUAUGUGAUCUGUAGGGGUACAGGCUUCAAAUGCUAUGUUCUUGUUCCUGACCCUACGACCCGGUCCUUGAAAGUCAUCCAGGUGAUGGAGCCUCCAUGCUCUCGGCGAGAAGGUGUUUCCAUAGAGACCUUGGACAGGCGGUUGUUUCUUAUGGGUGGCUGUAGUUGCCUAAAGGAUGCUAAUGAUGAAGUGUAUUGUUAUGAUGCUGCUUCAAAUCACUGGAGCAUAGCAGCACCAAUGCCUACUGCUAGGUGCUAUUUUGUAUCGGCAUCUCUGAACGACAAGAUUUAUGUUACUGGAGGAUUUGGGCUGACAGACAAGUCACCUAAUUCUUGGGACAUCUACGACAAAGCCACAGACUCAUGGCGCUCGCACAAGAACCCUAUGCUUACCCCUGACAUCGUAAAAUUUGUGGCGCUGGAUGAUGAGCUGGUGACCAUCCACAAGGCGUCCUGGAACAGAAUGUACUUUGCGGGUAUAUACGACCCGGUUGACCAGACCUGGAGGGGCAAGGAGAAUGAGAUUGCCCUAUGCUGGUCUGGCCCUACGGUCGUCGUUGAGGGGACGCUCUACAUGCUUGACCAGUCCCUCGGCACAAAGCUGAUGAUGUGGAUUAACGAGACCAAGGAGUGGGUGAUGGUCGGCAGGCUGUCGGACAAGCUCACACGCCCACCUUGCGAGCUUGUUGCCAUCGGCAGGAAGAUCUAUGUGAUCGGUCGGGGGCUGAGCACAGUGACCAUCGACAUGGACACGGCGGCCAGGGUGGACGGGUUCCUGGUGUCCUCGUCGACGGCGCCGUUGAUGGAGCAUGACUUCCCGCCGGAGAAGUGCAGGGUGAUCACCAUCUGAAGACCUUUUCUAGCUGGGCUUGUUUGUGCUGUGAAACAGUGGACGAUUUUCUUUUAUUCUGGCUGUAUAUCGACUUGUGUGUUUUGACGAGAUGGCUGUACAAUGAUUGACUUUUUAACUGUAACAAGAGGAAGAGGAAAGGAAAGCUCAGGAUGUUUACUCA